UUUGCAGGAUGACAAGGCUGGCAAAUCUCGGUCUGGGAUGGUGGUUGCUUCGUUGUUUUCGCUUUUCCGACCAUAUAGUCGGAGAAAAAAUUAGCAUGUCGAUAACAGACUUUAAAUUUUGUUUGUUUUCGAGCGCUCGGAGUUAGCUCAAGUGGUGAGAGAGGAUGAAGCUUUACAUCAAAAGAUGUCCCGCACUCAUCCAAGUGUUCAGGGGGAGUUGAUUUUGUCACUCGAGUUUUUCUGUACUGAUUUCAUCUCUAUAUUUCUCGUCAUCAGAUUGAUUAAAUAAAGUUACAAGAUAGAAAUAAAUGAAGGGCCUUAAGAAGGAAUAAAAAAACAAGAGUUCGAAAAUCAUUGCCAUUUCUGAACUUCUAAUUUCACAAUUACUGCAAGGGCAAAAAAAGUUGUAUACGACGCCGUUUUAGGAACAAAGAUUCUAACCGGCCAGCCUCUUUCCAGUUUCCAGAACCACCGCCAAUCCCCAUACACCAGAAAGUGAGAGAGGCUCUGAAACAGAAGCAAGAGAAGAAACAACGAUGGAUCCUCGGCUGUGGCAUAAAGUAGCCGCGUUCUCUGGAAUGGCAGCUCUUGGGUUGGGCACAUAUGGCGCCCAUGGCUUCAAACCCCAAAACCCAACUUACAAAGAGACGGCGUCUCUGUACCAUUUGGUUCACACAGCAGCUCUGCUUGCUGCCCCCAUCACGAAACACCCCACCAUUUUUGGAUGCCUUUUGACUACUGGAAUACUCGCAUUCUCCGGGACGUGUUAUACUGUGGCAUUACUUGAGGAUAGAAACUACUCGACAUUGGCUCCUUUCGGUGGCUUUGCUUUCAUCGCUGCUUGGGGUAGCUUGCUGUUCUAAGAACUUCAACUUCUAUGGAUCCCUGUACAACUUAUGUUGUCGGCUUCACUAUUUAUGACCGUCCACACUUUCAUCUGCUCAAAUAGAUCCGACUGCGCCUUUGUUGAAUUUCUAAGUUGCCCUAGCACCAAAUAAUUGUCUAAUGAUGUACGAUGUAUAUCAAUGUAUUGAUUGUGCUACUUCAGUGUUACAAAACCAUUUAUGAUAAAAAAAUAUUGACAGUAUUUCAAGUCAA